AUGUCCUUAGUUUCGGGUCCUGGUAGGGCUGCUGGGACUGAAUCCAGCUUGAACCUUAGUGUCGAAAGACAUGUGGAUUACAUCAAGAACUUGGACAGCAGGAGGGAUGAGCUAGAAUAUUGGCUUACAGAGCACCUUCGCCUGAAUGGGGUGUAUUGGGGCUUGACAGCUCUACAUCUCCUUGGCCGUCCCGAUGUCCUUCCUCGUGAAGAUACCAUCGACUUCGUUCUCUCGUGUCAACGGGAGAAUGGAGGCUUUGGAGCAGCUCCGGGCCAUGAUGCACACAUGCUGUACACAGUGUCGGCAGUGCAAAUUCUCGUAACCCUAGACGCAGUGGAUGAGCUGGAGAAGCGCGGUCUAGGAGGAAAAGAGAAGGUUGGCUCGUUCAUCGCAGGGCUACAGGACAAAGACACUGGUGCUUUCAUGGGUGAUGAAUGGGGUGAGAGAGAUACACGCUUUCUGUAUGGCGCGUUUAAUGCACUCUCCCUUCUUGGGCUUCUUCACACAGUUGAUGUACCCAAGGCCAUUUCCUAUGUCCAGCAGUGUGAGAACUUAGACGGUGGCUAUGGCAUCCAACCUGGGGCUGAGUCACAUGCCGGUCAAAUCUUCACUUGCGUAGGAGCUCUGGCAAUCGCCGGACGACUGGACUUGGUAAACAAGGACCGUCUUGGGGGCUGGCUCAGCGAAAGACAGGUUGAAAAUGGUGGUCUGAACGGAAGGCCCGAGAAACUGCCCGAUGCAUGCUAUAGCUGGUGGGUUGGUGCGAGCUUGGCUAUGAUCGACAAACUCCACUGGAUCGAUAGUGGCAAGCUCUCUGCUUUCAUCUUGCGCUGUCAGGAUUCGGAGGCUGGGGGCAUCGGAGACAGACCAGGCAGCAUGGUUGAUGUGUUUCACACCCACUUUGCCAUCGCUGGUUUGAGUCUGUUGAAGUUCAAUGGCAUCCAAGAAGUAGAUCCAGUCUAUUGUAUGCCGAAGGCAAUUACACAGAAAUAUCUGCAACGGUAA